GAUGCACAUGUUUCUGCACAUAUGUGUUACUUCCAUGUGUCACGCUGAUAUUGGAGAUAGCAUUUUGGAUAAUAAUUAACUCAGUUACUCAACCUACUCAUCUAUAAAUGGACAAUCAUGCAUUAUUUUUACUAUUUUUGGUGCACUAUUGUUUUAUUGUUUGCUACUUCCUGUUCCCUGACCGGCCUCCUCCUGGGUGUAAUCACAUUUUUCAUCCAACUUAAAAACCUAAGAAUCCCUUCAGGUUAGAGUUCAGCCGCACAGUUUAAGUCGGGUACUUUCCACGCCAUCUGUCACUCAAGGUCCAGGCUGGACGUUGAGAUAAGAGGAAGUGCAGGUCAGCGAGGAGGCGUUUGAAACGGUGAAAGACAAAAGAGACCAACAGUGAAAAACCCGCAGGAGUUGGUUUCUGUGUUUGAGUUAAUGCUAAUGUUAGGUCGUCAGAGCCUAAAUGUCGUCCAGUUUCAUGCACGGUGCCUUAAAAUCCCCUCCAUUCGACAUUAAAGCUGCAUUAAGUCAUAUUUUUGUUAGUGACACUAAAUCAAAAAAGUAAGAAAUGUGAAAUAACAGCCUCAAAGAUUCACCUGCUCUCAGAGGAGGAAGUGUUCAACCGGCUCACACAAGCUGUUUGUACACUUCCUGUUUAUCGCUAGAUGCCGGAGAGGCUGAAGUGGCCGAAGAGCGUCGAACAUGUAGCAGUCAAAAGACAUCCAGACGUAUUUUCUCAAGAGUCUGUGGACUGAAUUGAACUUUACAUUCGACAUGUGGCCAAAAAGAUGACUGCGAGUCCAGAUUCCUCUGUUUCUGCUGAAUGUGAGAUGGCGACCUCUGACCCUUGUGCAAAUGCCCCCCCAACCCCGCCUGAGGAGCCGGAGGCCUCCCCCGCCCCUCGCAAGAAGCGUGGGCGUCGGAAACUAGAGCGAACCAAGAGGAAUAAGGACGAGCCAGACGACAGAAGCUGCGUCUCCCCCAAAGAGUGUGUGCAGGGUGAGACCGGGAGGCUGCGGAGGAGGCCAGUCCCCCGGGUGACUUUCCAGGCCGGCGACCCGUACUACAUCAGCAGGAGACAGAGAGACGAGUGGCUCAGCCGCUGGAAGAUAGAGGCGGAGCGGCGGGCGUACAGAGAGGCAGAGAUGAGCAUGAUGGACGAACUGACAGAGGCCGACUUUCGGAAAGAGGAGGAACCGGCCAGCCCAGCGCCUCCGCCUUCACAACAGCACACGGACCCCGCGUCCCCCACAGUCGCCGUGACGCCGGAGCCGGUCGCCAGGGGAGACCAGGCCACACCCAAUGAGGUAGAGUACCAGGAUGGCCGGGGCUUUGGCAUCGGCACGCUGGUGUUCGGGAAGCUGCGAGGUUUCUCAUGGUGGCCCGGCAGGAUCGUCUCCUGGUGGAUGAGCGGCCGGAGUCGAGCCGCCGACGGCACCCGCUGGGUCAUGUGGUUCGGCGACGGCAAAUUCUCUGUGGUUUGUGUGGAGAAGCUGAUGCUGCUGAGCUCGUUCUCAUCUGCCUUCCACCAGCCCACCUACAACAAACAGUCCAUGUACAGGAAAGCCAUCUUCGAGGCUCUGCAGGUGGCCAGUGUGCGGGCGGGGAGGCCAGUCCCUUCCUGUGAUGCGAGCGAUGAUGCCGACGGCGUGGACAUUCAGACCAGACAGAUGAUAGAGUGGGCAAUGACCGGCUUCCUGCCCAAAGGUCCACAGUCACUGGAACCUCCAGAAGAGGAGCAGAAUCCAUACAAAGAGGUGUACCCGGAGAUGUGGGCGGAGCCUGAGGCAGCGUACACGCCUCCGCCUGCGAAGAAACCGCGCAAGAACCUCGCCGAGAAAGCAAAGAUCCGAGAAGUGAUCGACGAGGGGACCAGAGAGAGACUCAUAUGCGAGAUCAAAAAGAAAACCAGGAAUAUAGAAGAUAUCUGUAUUUCCUGCGGGAGCCUCAACGUCUCCCUGGAGCAUCCUCUCUUUUCAGGAGCCAUGUGUCAGGGUUGCAAAAACUCCUUCCUGGAGUGUGCCUACCAGUACGAUGACGACGGCUACCAGUCCUACUGCACCAUCUGCUGUGGAGGCAGGGAAGUGCUCAUGUGUGGCAACAACAACUGCUGUAGGUGUUUCUGUGUGGAGUGUGUGGAUCUGCUGGUCGGAGCCGGCUCAGCAGCGAUAGCCAUCAAAGAAGACCCCUGGAACUGUUACAUGUGUGGCCCCCGCAACACCCACGGGUUACUGCGGCGACGGGACGACUGGCCCUGCAGACUCCAGCACUUCUUCGCCAACAACCACGAACAGGACUUCGAGCCAGCCAAGUUGUAUCCUCCAGUGGCGGCAGAGAAGAGACAGCCAAUCAGAGUCCUCUCUCUGUUUGACGGCAUUGCCACAGGUCUGCUGGUGCUGAGGGAUUUGGGCAUCCAGAUCGACAAGUACGUGGCGUCUGAGGUGUGUGAAGACUCCAUUACUGUCGGCCUGGUACGACACCACGGACGCAUCAUGUACGUGGGAGACAUUCGCAACGUAACCCGCAAACAUAUUGACGAGUGGGGACCUUUUGAUCUGGUGAUAGGAGGAAGCCCCUGUAACGACCUCUCCAUAGUCAACCCUGCACGCAAAGGCCUUUACGAGGGAACUGGCCGGUUGUUUUUUGAGUUUUACCGACUGCUGCACGAGGCGCGACCGAAGCCCGGCGACGAGCGGCCGUUCUUCUGGCUGUUUGAGAACGUGGUCGCGAUGGGAGUCAGCGACAAACGGGACAUCUCUCGCUUUUUAGAGUCUAAUCCAAUAAUGAUCGACGCCAAGGAAGUCUCGGCCGCGCACCGCGCUCGCUAUUUCUGGGGCAACCUGCCAGGCAUGUCCAGACCCCUGGCAGCCAUGGUGAAUGACAGGCUGGACCUACAGGAGUGCCUCGAGCAUGGGCGCCAUGCCAAGUUUGAGAAGUUGCGUACGAUAACGACACGCUCCAACUCUGUGAAGCAGGGGAAAGACGAGCAUUUCCCCGUCUACAUGGACAACAAGGAGGACAUCCUCUGGUGCACGGAGAUGGAGAGGGUGUUCGGUUUCCCCGUCCACUACACCGACGUGUCCAACAUGAGUCGUCUGGCCAGGCAAAGGCUGCUGGGACGUUCCUGGAGCGUCCCCGUCAUCAGGCACCUCUUCGCCCCACUCAAGGAGUUCUUCGCCUGCAACUAGUUACACACCAACUCUCUCUCUCUCUUUCUGUCAUGCACACACACACACACAUGCGUACACACAUAAACAUCAUGUAAUGACAAACACACAACUACAACUACACACUGUAUACAGAUUGUACAUGAAGGUUGGCUGACACAGGAUGACCAGACACACACACACUAACACACACACAGACACACACAGACACACACACACACACACACCUGUAGGCCACUGGCUGACCUUAGUCCCCUGGUGCUACCUUCCAUUGAUUUACACCAAUGACUGAUAAUAAAGAUGGACGCCGCGUCUCCACUUCCUCCUACUUAACAAACAUUUAUCCAAAAUAUGCCGAAUAUGUGCUGGUGCUGCCAUCUUGAGCUUUUUGUGUCAUUUUGAGCCGGAUGGGGGGGUGGAGCUGCCAUAUCAAGACGUUUUGGUUUCCCCUUUGAGAGCUGUGGGGUUUUCCAUCUUUAUAAACAGUCAUUGAUUUACACAAACUGGUGCAGGGUCUCUGUACUGUAAAUCUUCACACACGAACUUCCUGUCCAACCUUGAAAUUGAUGUCUUCUGGCUUUACUCUGUGGUGGCAGCUGGAGUUCAAACCUCCAGGGGGCGCUAAAGCUAACACAAGACGCCCUGACUUUUCUUUUGUUUUUAAAUACAGUAACGCUCUGAACACAUCAACACACCAAUGAUUUUCCUCUGAACCAUAACUGUAUUCAUGUGUAGUGACAGUGCUGCUGGUAUAUUACAGUGCAACAAACACAAAUAUAUACAAAAACAAACAAACACACACACACGCACACGCACACUCCAGUUAAUGCUCAUGGUGCUGGUCAGGCAGUGAUAAGAGUCCUAAUGGUGCCACUUUAAUACAACACUUUUACAGUCCUUGGUGCUUUUAGACACUGAACAGUCUCUGGUUGUUUCAGUCGCUGCAGUUUUGUUUCCCAACCCGAGUCAAACUAAACGAUUAUUCGCAGGUAGAUGCAACGCCAGGUGAUCGUGAGGCUUCAGGAUACAUUGAUUUGUCAGAUCUGGUGUGAAAGAACUGGCAGGACAGUUUCCCAAAGAGAUUAGGACUCAAUCAGACUCUUCUUCUUGGAGGAAACGCUGCUCUGGAAGUAAAAACCUCAGGGAUCGAGGUAAACGACGGGUUUUUCUGGUAAAGUAGCUUCGAAAAAAAUGUUUAAACCUGAGGAAGACGAAUUCCAGCUGAAAUGUGGUCAGUGAUACCGGCAAAGUUUAUUUGUAUAUAAACAUUUAAACAACGAGACAAUGCAAAGUGAUUUACAUUCAAAUAUAACAACAAGAAAAUACCUAAAUAAACUAGAAGGUCCGAAUGCUAACGCCCUAGCUCACCUCACCAAUCUGCAUCCUAUCGAUCCAAUUCGUUUUCAUACUCAAAUAUACACGAGGCAUAUUCUUCAUAUCGUCAUGAAAACACUUUUAAAGUAACGUCAGAGGUGAGAUUGAAGUAGGAAAGUCUCUGACGUGUUGGAAUAUUGUGAACUUAAUGAAGACAAAGUAUUAAAUCAGCUUUUAUUCUCAGUACCAUUCACAGCUGCAGGUCUCUUAUUGGUCAGGAUCAGCUUUUAUUAGGUUUUCACACUACUAUUGAAUAUGGGGAUAUUUAGGCAGUGGUUGUAUAUUAAGUUGAGUUAAUUGCUGUGAAAUACUGUAGCAUUUUAACGAUGGGUAUUUUACCUUGUGUUUAUUUUAUGCUGUACACGUGCUGUUGGGUUGCAUUUCUUUACUGUUGCUCCAACGACUGUGAUGUUCAUCUUAAUGCUGCAAAUUUGGAAUAAUACUGUUUGUGAACGUAGCAGAGGUUUCUCACAUUAGGUCUCACAGCUUGGAGAGUUUGGAGUUUUUUAUCGUCUGCAUUCAUUUAGUCGCAGUGAACGUCCCUGGAGACGUCACCAGGUGGUGGUCGAUGAUAAGGAAAACUUACUGGGAUCAUUUCAUUAGGCUGGGAGUGACUACCCUGCAUCUCAACCCAAAACCCAGCUACUGUGAAGUGUAAAUAUCAGGUCAUUAGUUCUGUAGCAGCUUGUUUUUACCCAUCAGGAGCACGGCUUGAAUUUUGUCUGCCACAUUCUGCAGAUUAUUUAUUCAUCUUAUCUUUGUGACCUUGACUUUACUCUAUUUAAAGUCUGCUUUCUAGAUUUUCUUUCUAGAAAUUGCUUUUUAUUUUAGUGGUUUUUGAAUUUUGAAAUCUUUUACCUGCAGUAGUCAAACAAUGGCCCUUCAACAAAAACCUAAUUGUGGUUAAAAAUGUGAACAUCUAAAAAAUAAAACGACAAUUAGUAUCUUGGUUGUUUUAGCUUGUUGUCAGACACAAAAACAAUGAAAUCAAAUAUUUAAAAAACAGAUUUAUAUCUCUGUAUUUCUGGCCAUGCUUAUAACACUAUUGAACAAAGUUUCUGGAUUUUAAAAUCAAAACUAUUAGACGUGUUUUGCAAUCAAAAAUAUUUUAAUCUUUGGCUCUGUCAAUAAGGUUUAACUCAUCCUCUGAGAUUAUUCUUGAAGAGCAGCUUUCAAACUAAAUUCCAGUUUGCAAAGUGUAGGUCCUGAACACUUCCAGGUAUUUAUCUCCUGCACCUCAGCUCCAGUGUUGUCGUCCUGCGCGACUUGAAGUUAAAACCUCGACUUUGCUUCGUAGGGAUCAAAACUCUGCAGCGACGUCCAGUGAAACCAGAGACGGACCUUUACUUUGUAGACUCUCUGCUGGUUUUCUACUUCCUGUGACUGAAACAGACAGCCCUGAAUAAAUAACAGAUACUUCCUCACACAACACAGAUGCAACUGUUCAACCUCUUUUAUGCCCAAUGCAUGCUGGGAGGAUCUCAGCCCCUUCGUGACCUUGAACGGGCAUAGGCAGGUAAACAAUAAGGAGAUGAUACACACCUUAACGCCAUGUGUACGCGUCACUGCACACAGUUGUGUGUUUUAUUCAGACAGGGCUGUCAUCACUUUCAGUCUGGUGCUUCUGGUCCUCAGACGACCAACAAUCCUUUUCUCCCAGGAAGCCUUCUGAUCCUCUGACCUUCCUCAGAUACCAGCUAACGACUGGACACACACACACACACACACAGACACAGACACACAAAUACACAGUAACACAAAACAACAAUAAACCAGCAGGUUCAAAAUGUUUUCCCGACAAGUUUACUCUCCGCUUUUACAACCAACAGUCUGGUGCUUUUUAAACUUUGCUCUUUUUUACAGUGCUCUUGCAGGUCUCUCAUACACACACACACACACACACACACACACACACACACAAACAAACACACACUCACACACAAACACACACACAUUUUGCUACAAAUAUGGUGCAGACAUUCACGCUUUUCCUUUCUCUGCAACACACGCCACCAACACACACACACACAUACAAGCAUACACACUGUGGAUUUGCCGGCUGCCUGUUGCCAUCAGGCUUCCCACGGCACCACCGGGUGUGACAUCACCACCCCGCGUCGCUUGGUGCUCACAACCCCUACCCGGUCCCCCCCCCCGCCCCCCCACACUGAAAUCCCUCCCCCUCCCCUCCCACCUCACCCCCCCAGGUGCUGCAUGUCAGUCAGUCAGUGUAAUCUCUGAUUUCAUGUUAGAUUAGGGAGUAAAGAUAAUAAAAAUAAUGGUAAUAAUAUUACAAUAAUAAUCUGUUAUCGUGUGUGUGUACUGUUCCAGGUUGGUGCUCAGUUCAGUUCAGUCUCAGCCUGUAGAGCGGAGAGAGGGAGGCUCGAGAAAGCAUAUAUUACAGUUAGUAUAGUGACUUGUUCUAUUGUAUCCAAGGAGGCAAUGAAGAAAUGGUUGUUUUAAGCGAUGAGCCAAAGGACAGUCGCUCUCAAACAGGAGAUGAGCUGAAGUGAUGUCGGAUUCCCUGGAAAAUUGGUGAAAAGGUCAAAAAAUGCCUCGGAAUUAAAGAAGUUAAAUAAUCUGUGGAUCCAAAGCUCAGUCCAGAUUUACACCAAAAUGGAAUGGGGUCUUUCUUGGCCCGUGUCCCGUCCUUCUACCUUCGUUUUGUGUAAUUCUGCUGACAAACAGACCAAGAGGUAAAAAUAUAACCUCCUUGCAAUAAGAUAUAAAAUGAUCCUGUGGUGUCUCUUCCCUCUUUUAACUUGUAUUUAAAAGUUUGAAUUUGGAAAAGUAAACUUUCCUGAAACAGGGACAACAAACCCAGAAUCCCAGUUGUGAACCACUGGCUUCUUUUCAUCAGAUUUGUCUGCAGCGGUCACUUCAGUGUGUGUCUGUUUUGAGAGCGCAGUUCGGUCAGAAGCGUGAGGGAUGGAGUCGAUAUCUCUAAAUGAUAGGUGACACGGUGAUGGUGUUUAUGUUCGCCUACAUCGACAGCUGUUAGGUUGAGUGAUGCGCUGUUUUAAACACUGAUACACAAACGAAUACACACAAAUACACACUGUUACUGACACACAGAGACACACGCACAACACGUACACACACACAAUGCUGUGGCGCAUGCAGACACUCAUCUCAUGGACUAAAUGAAAGAUGAGCUUUUCGGAAAAAAAGGAGGAACUGGUGGUGUUUCAAAAGGUGCUAAAAUUUUAUCUGAAAAUAAGAAAAAUAUAUUGUUAGGAAUAUAAAUCAAGUUUGUCUUUACAAUGACUGUAUUUAAGUUUGUCGUAGUAAUGAAAAGGCACUAUUAUUAUUUUACUCUUGUAUGAAUAUGAACUAAUUAAAAAAGCAUUUUAACUUUGUACUUGAACAAUGUAAGAAAUGAACCGUGAAUAAAAAAAAAAGGACUGUUUCUUGUGA